AUGCGAUGUAACUGCGCGAUACUGUCUCCUAAUGUUGCGUCCUUUGUGGAUGCCAAGCCAUUUUCAUUACCGUUUUGUCAACAGGCGAAAAACAGUACUUCAAUAAGCGCAGAGGUCAUCAAUGCAUGGUGGCAGGUUGAGAGAAUGUUCGACUUUGAAAAUAUUGGUUUUACGCAUGCGCGCGAUGGUGUCAAAUAUUUGGUAUGCGCAAAUUGUGAGGAUGGUCCUGUAGGAUAUCUAUGUCCGGUGACCAAAGCGCAUUUUAUUGCCGUAUGUCGUGUCAAACAGGAAUAA